CGGCGAAUUUGACAUUUUCACAAAUUCCGGAAAAUUGUCACACGGACUGAUCAGUGCUUAGCGGUUUUACACUUACUUUUAUUUAUUAAGAAUGAAUUUUAUACGCAAUGCUAGACUGACGUCGAUAUCGGCGAACCCUGUCAAACAUCUUCGACUAAUGUCACAACUUGGAGACUUGGGCAGCGGAGCAGGCAAAGGCGGCGGUGGCGGCGGCAGCAUUCGUGAGGCCGGUGGAGCCUUCGGGAAGGCCGAAGCAGCGAAAGAGGAAGAAUAUUUCUAUAGGAAGCAAAGGGAACAAUUGUCGAAAUUGAAAGAUGACCUCAAAGACGAGAUUUCCUUCCAUGAAGAACAAAUUAAGAGACACCAAGAGGCCAUUAAUCGCCAUCAGCAAAGAGUGACUGACAUCGAUAAGAAAGAAUGAUUUUGAAAUUGUAAACAGCUUAGUAGGGAUUAGAAGUUAUAUCCAUUGAAGAUGUGUUUCCAGAUAUUCAUGUUUUGUUGAUAGGGUUUAUUUUGAAAUAAAGUGGCAUCAUUA